UUGAAUUUAGAUAGAAAAAAAUUAGUUAAAAAGUUGAAGGAAGAACGAUUUAUUGACGCGAGAAAAAUCUCUGAAAUCGAAAAAAAAUGUCGCGAAAACGAAGAAACGGCCAACAUUGAGAAUGAAAGCCCAGAAGGACGAAAUUACACCGUUAGCGUCGCAGUUCCUGGGUCGAUUUUGGAUAAUGCCCAGACGCAUGAACUGAGGACUUAUUUGGCUGGUCAGAUAGCUCGAGCGGCUGCCAUCUUCGAAGUAGACGAAAUUGUGGUGUUCGACGAAUUUUCGAAGACAACGGAAAAGUUGUAUGGCUUUACACAGAAUAGCAAUAUACUGAUGGUGAAAAUUCUGCGUUAUCUCGAGUGUCCCCAGUAUCUGCGCAAACAUAUGUUUCCUCUUCAGAAAGACUUGCGUUAUGCCGGCUUGUUGAACCCAUUGGACUGUUUUCAUCACUUUCGAGUCACGGAUCUUUCUGUUCCUUACAGAGAGGGCGUAGUGUUGGACAAAUCAGUCAAGGCCGGCCGUGGCUCGUUCGUAUACGUUGGUCUUCACAAGGUAAAUCAAAUUUUUUUCUUCUGCGUUUACAGUUUUGCGAAAGAAGCCUGGUCGCUUAGGCAGGAGUCUUGA